AAUACAUUUCGAAGGCUUUGGAUUUGAAAAUUUUGCCAACACUAGACUAGUAGGAAACAGGUAAUCCCUGCGACGACGAAUUCGGAAGACUGCGGAUUCUUGGGCUUUUUGUACUCUUUUCCGACCCGAUCGGGGCUAAUGCGUCGGUCUUGUGGAUCGGAAGCCACUAACUGGUUCAAUCUGCAUUAUUUUGUUGCGUAUUGAAACCCUAAUAUGCUUUGGGAGUAGCAGAUUUCGUAGAACAUUGCCUUUUAUGCUUGUUUCCGAGGUUUAUAAACGGGUUCAGAAUGCUCAGUUAGUCUGAAUUGAUUGGAUUUUUUUGUUACUGAGGAGAACGGUGAUGGCUAAGGAAUUGGAUCGCGGGAGGAAUGAGAGGAAAUGGGGAUUUGCUUUGUUCCUGGGAAUAAUGCUGAUUCACUGCCUCGCCAUUUUAUUUUUCACUAAAGGUUUCCUUCUCACCCGUUCAGAACUUUCUCAGUAUAGUCAAUGUGAAGAUGCUGCAGAGUCUCCUUGCUUUUCUCAUCCACGUGAUGGGAAUGGCAGCGGAGGUUGUUGGACAAAACCGGCUGUCGGUCGUCUAGUUGUUAUUGUUCUUGAUGCUCUUAGAUUUGAUUUUGUUGCGCCGAGUACGGUUUUUGCAGAGAAGAAACCAUGGAUGGAUAAGUUGCAAGUGAUGCAUGAGCUUGCUAGUGUGAACUCGUCUUCAGCUCGGAUUUUCAAGGCUAUAGCGGAUCCUCCUACUACCAGUUUGCAGCGCCUAAAGGGUUUAACUACUGGUGGACUUCCUACAUUUAUUGAUGUGGGAAAUAGUUUUGGCGCACCAGCAAUUACUGAAGAUAACUUGAUAUAUCAGUUUGUUCAAAAUGGAAAGCGGGUGGUGAUGAUGGGGGACGACACAUGGGUGCAAUUAUUUCCACAUCAUUUUACCGAAUCAUAUCCCUUCCCAUCAUUCAAUGUCAAGGACCUUGACACGGUAGACAAUGGUUGCAUAACAAACUUAUUCCCUACCCUACAUGAAGGAAACUGGGAUGUUCUAAUCACACAUUUUCUGGGUGUUGAUCAUGCUGGGCAUAUAUAUGGUGUUGAUUCCAAUCCAAUGAUAGAAAAACUGGAGCAAUACAAUGAAAUUAUAAAAAAAGUUGUUGAAGUGCUCCAGAGCCACAGUGGACCUGGUGGUUUGCAUGAAAAUACUAUGCUUCUUGUCAUGGGAGAUCAUGGACAAACCCUCAAUGGUGAUCACGGGGGAGGCACUGCCGAAGAGGUGGAAACAGCAAUUUUCGCAUGGAGUUCAAAGAACCCUCCGACUUCACAACCAGCUGCAGCUGGUAGUUCAUCCUGCCACCAAGAUAUGCAUGGAAGGAGGAUUUGUAUUGGCUCUAUCCAACAACUUGAUUUUGCAGCUACUGUAUCUGCCCUGCUUGGUCUUCCAUUCCCUUUUGGAAGUAUUGGACGUGUUAACUCCGAACUGUUUUCCUUAGCUAGAGGUGCAUGGAACAUGGAAAACUCAGCCAUUGGCGAUGAUGAACAUCCUUCAGAUGCUGAGGAUUGGAUGCAAAAUUUUGUCAAUGUUCUCUGUAUUAAUUCUUGGCAGGUAAAGAAAUACAUUGAUGUCUAUUCAUCCAUGUCAUUAAUUGGAUUUUCGGAAAAAGACUUGCUGCAUGUAGCCAAGCUCUAUUCAGAAGCACGAGAGCUAUGGUCAAUUACUUCAAAGAAACUUUCACUCGACAAGAGUCAGAGGGAUUUUUUCAUCAAACGGCAAGUUGAUGCAUAUUCUUCAUUUUUGGAGAGUGUUGCUGAGCUGGCACGAUCUAAUUGGACAGAGUUUAAUUUAAAGAUGAUGGGCAUAGGUUUUUGCAUCAUGUUAGGUUCACUUUGUGUGCAUGUAUUCCUUAUCAAAAAGAUGGACAAGCUUUUGGGAUUCGGAAGCUUUACAAAGUCCUUUGGUGCAUAUUUUGCUUGUGUAGCAGUUCUGAUCCGUGCCUGCAGCUUCCUUUCCAACAGUUAUAUCUUGGAAGAAGGCCGAGUGGCUAGCUUUCUUUUGGGGACAACUGCAAUACUUCAACUACAUCAUGCGAUGAUAAAGAAGAAGACAUUGAUUGAAGCGCUCGCGCUUUGUCUUUUGAUUCCUUUUCUCAGAAUCAGUAUUGAGCUUGGGCAAUUGAAGCAGGCUGUCAAUUCAUUAUUCCUGAAAGUCGAUCCUUCAAGGACACUCGGCAUUGUGAAUGACACUAAGUUCUGGACGUAUGUAGCUGAAGUCAUGCCGAUAUUAGCUCUUACUAUUGUGGGACAUCUAUUGUACAAGAGCACGACAUCUUGUUCCUCUCAGGGCAUUAUGAAAUAUGUUUUGGCAGGAACUAUAUUUAAUUAUGCUCUCAUAGCUCUGCAUUGGGCCUCGGAUAGUAGUCUAUGGAAUCUGCAUAAUUUCCUUGUGGGCGUAAAAGGGAACCUAAUUCCCCAAUUGACGUAUGCCGCGGGACUUCUGCAACUGUUGUUAUUGGCUGUAGAUCAACUGUUUGUCAGGAGGAAUGCUUCGAGUGUGGAAGAUAUUACAUUCGCACGAUCAUUAGCCUUGUUGUCUUCAUUGAGUUCAACGAUCAUUAUACUGUCUGGAAAACAAGGUCCCUUGGUUGUCUUAGCAUCGAUAAUUGGAGGUUGGUGCUUGAUUAGGUUAAUGGCAUUGGAACAAGAUGCUAAGAGUGACUCUUGCUCAUCUUCGCUGUCCUCUGCACUUCCUGUAAUUCAGUGGAGCCUUCUCGCCGUGUGCAUGUUUUUCAGUACGGGCCAUUGGUGUGCUUUUGACGGCCUCAGAUACGCAGCUGCAUUCAUCGGAUUCGACGAAUUCAACCUUAUCCGUGGAGCAAUUCUUCUCACAAUCGACACAUUUGGACUUUCCCACAUUCUCCCAAUUCUCGGACUUCCAUUUCUCAUUGCAAGUUGCGAUUCUUUCAGGCAGAGCAAAAGAGAGUUUUCUCUGCGAUUAUAUCAAGUGUAUUUGAUGUAUGGACUCACUACUGCCGUAACGACAACACUAACAAUGUUGUGCGUCGCAAUACACCGACGACACUUGAUGGUGUGGGGAUUAUUUGCACCGAAAUUUGUGUUCGAUGUUGUUGGCCUUCUUCUCGGCGACUUGUUGAUAUUUUUGUCCGUGUUAUAUUACAAUGUGUGAGCAGGAUCGAUUACACUAACCAUGUCUUGUUUUCUUGUUUUGGGCUCACUCCUAGAAGUGAAGUUGAGGAAGAAGAUGAAAGCAACAUAACGACAUCUCAUGAAGGUGAAAUUAGAUUUACACUCUCUCUCACUCCUACUAGCGCUUUUGUAGCUAAUUUAUGUGUUUGUUGGUUAAAAUUGUUUUCAUUUGCCUUUUUUUGAGUAUUGUAUGUGUGUAGCUAAAAUUAAUUAUUUUGGAUUAUACGAUUUAUAUUUAUUUUUGAA